GAAAUGAGUCAUCAGUUUCAGACCUGCAUGGAUUUCACUUCAGCUGAACAAACUGAAAGUGUAAGAAUCUCAAGCAUAAGAAACUCAAACUUAAAUCCUCAUGAACAGAAAUCUUUGUGGGGACAGAGAAGAACACAGCCUCUAAAAUGAGUCUCUUUGAAAAGAAAGAGGAGGAGAACGUUGUUCAUCAGAAACAAAGACCAACAUCUCCAGAGCCAAGCGGUGUAUCUGUGAAGAGUGAUCAGUCCAUAAUAAAACCCCUUCAGUUUAGUGAAGGAACAGGGACCUUUAACCCUAGACCAAAGGAAGAUCAGACUGCUUCAAGUUCAGUAUCCAGCUAUGUGUCUACGAAGAGCGAGAGAUAUGUACAUCAUCACCCUGAUCUCAGUGAUGAAGCAAUGAGCUCUGAUCCUAUAGAUGGUCAGACUGGAGACAUGCAGCAGGAUUCAUACCAACCAGUAGAUGAUGAUCUACACAGAAUCAAAGAUCAACAAAAAAACAGCAUGAAGAAAAAGUAUGAGAGUUUAUUUGAAGGAAUCAAAAUGCGAGGGAAUCAAAUCCUCCUGAACAGGAUCUAUACACAGCUUUACAUUAUAGAGGGAGAGAGUGAAGGAGUGAAUGAAGAUCAUGAGGUUUUACAGAUGGAGAAAACACCCAGAACACAACACUCACAAGACACGCCAAUCUACUGUAAUGACAUCUUUAAACCAUUAUCUGAACCAGGACGUGUGAAAAACGACAAAAUCAAAGUAGUUCUUACUAAAGGCAUCGCCGGAAUUGGAAAAACAGUCUCUGUGCAGAAGUUCAUACUGGACUGGGCUGAGGGGAAAGCCAAUCAGGAUGUUGACUUCAUGUUUGUGUUUCCAUUUCGGGAGUUGAACUUGAUUCGAGAUCAUCAGUACAGUCUUCAUAGACUUCUGCUGGACUUUCAUCCUGAACUUCAAGAUCUGGACUCAAAGAUCUAUAAGGAGUGUAAUAUUGUGUUCAUCUUUGAUGGUCUGGAUGAAUGCAGAAUUUUGCUGGAAUUUUCAGACAGUGAGAAAGUUUCAGAUGUUACUGAGAUUUCAUCAGUGGGCAUGUUGAUUUCAAACCUCAUGAAAGGAGAUCUACUUCCCUCUGCUCUCAUCUGGAUCACCUCCAGACCAGCAGCAGCCAAUCAGAUCCCCUCCGAAUACAUCAACCGUGUGACAGAGAUUCAGGGAUUCAAUGAUCCUCAGAAGGAGGAAUAUUUCAGGAAGAGAAUCAGUGACAAGCAACAAGCCGGCAGAAUCAUUUCACAUAUUAAAAAAGUAAAAAGCCUCCACAUCAUGUGUCACAUCCCUGUCUUCUGCUGGAUCUCAGCCACUGUGCUACAGCAGCUCUUGAAAGAAGAUCUGAGUGCAGAAGUCCCUCAAACUCUGACUGAAAUGUACAUCCACUUCUUGCUCACUCAGAUAAACAUGGGAAAUAAAAAAUACAAAGAGAGAGAUCCAGAGAAACUCCUGCAGUCCAACAGAGAAGUGAUUGUUAAACUUGCUGAACUGGCUUUCAAACAGCUGAUAGAGGGCAAAGUGAUGUUCUAUGAGGAGGACCUGAUUAAGAGCGGCCUAGACGUCACUGAUGCCUCGGUGUAUUCUGGGAUUUGCACUGAGAUCUUUAAGGAGGAAUCUGUGAUUAAUCAGAGGAAAGUCUACAGCUUCAUCCAUCUGAGCUUUCAGGAGUUUCUAGCUGCUUUCUUUGUGUUUUACUCCCAUCUAUUGAAGAACAUGGAGCCAUUACAGUUGUUUUUUGAUGAUAAGUAUAAGGGAUCUCUUUAUGAGCUACUAACAUCAGCAGUUGAUCAAGCUCUUCUUAGUAAAAAUGGACACUUGGAUCUUUUUCUGCGGUUCCUGUUUGGUAUUUCACUGGAGUCUAAUCAGAGACUCAUGAAAGUUUUACUGACACACACAGUAAACAGCUUAGAAACUAUCAGAAAAACCAUGCAACACAUUAAAGAGAGAAUCAAUAUACAUUACGAUUUCUCAGCUGACAGAUCCAUCAAUUUGUUCCUCUGUCUGCUCGAAGUGAAUGAUCAGAAUCUGUACCAAGAGAUUCAGGAGUUUGUGAAAUCAGACAAACACUCAGAGGUAAAACUCUCUUCUGGUUAUUGUUCAGCAAUAGCCUACAUGCUUCAGAUGUCAGAGGAGGUGCUGGAAGAGUUUAACCCUAUGGAAUACAACACAUUAGAUGAAGGUAGAUGGAGACUAAUGCCAGCUGUGAUGAACUGCAAAAAAGCUCUACUUGCUGGAUGUGGUCUCUCUGAUCAGCACUGUGAAAUUUUGUCUUCAGCCCUACAAUCAUUAAACUCCCAUCUGAUAAAGUUAGACCUGUGUAAUAAUGAGCUGCAAGAUUCAGGAGUGAAGCUGCUUUCUGCUGGACUGAAGAGUGCACACUGUCGACUGAACAUACUGAGAUUGGCAGGUUGUAGAUUGACUGGUCAGUGCUGUGAAAGUUUGUCUUCAGCUCUACAAUCAUCAAAGUCCCAUCUGAGAGAGCUGGACCUGAGUAACAAUGACCUGCAGGAUUCAGGAGUGAAGCUUCUCUCUGAUGCACUGAAGAGUCCAAACUGUCAGCUGGAGAUACUGGGUUUGGCCUUCUGUAAUCUCACUGGUCAGUGCUGUGAAAGUUUGUCUUCAGCUCUACAAUUAUCAUACUCCUCAUUGAGAGAGCUGGACCUGAGUAACAAUGACUUGCAGGAUUUAGGAGUGGAGAUGAUCUCUGCUGGACUAAAGAGUUCACACUGUCAACUAGACACACUGAGGUUAUCUGGCUGUAUGGUUACAGAGGAAGGCUGUGGUUACGUGUCUUCAGCUCUGAGUUCAAACCCCUCACACCUGAGAGAGCUGGAUCUGAGCUACAAUAACCCAGGAGAAUUAGGAGUCAAGCUGCUCUCUGAAAAUCUGGUGGAUCUCAACUGCGCACUGGACAAACUCAAUGUGGCUCAUGGAGGAGAAUUCAGGAUUACAGAAGGACUACAGAAAUAUGCCUGUUUUCUCACACUGGAUCCAAAUACAGCAAACAAUGAACUCGUUCUGUCUGAGGAGAACAGAACGGUGACAUAUGUGGAAAUAGAUCAGUCAUAUCCUGAACAUCCUGAGAGAUUUGAUGUGUAUCAGAUUCUGUGUAGAGAGAGUCUGACCGAACCCUCUUACUGGGAGGCUGAAUGGAGUGGAGUUGAAGCUGUUAUAUCAGUGACAUAUAAAGGAAUCGGCAGGAAAGGACGGAGUCGUGACUGUAUGUUUGGACGCAAUGAAAUCUCCUGGAGCCUGUUGUGCACUGAAGCCAAGUUUACUGCCCGUCAUAAUAACAAUUCAACUGACAUCUCUGCUCUUUCACGCUCCUCUAAUAGAGUAGGAGUGUAUGUGGAUGUGUCAGCUGGCACUUUGUCCUUCUACAGUGUCUCUGACACACACGCACUCACACACAUACACACAUUCAACAACACAUUCACUGAACCUCUCUAUGCUGGAUUUGGGGUUUAUUAUUUGAACUCCUCAGUCUCUCUGUAUGACAUUAACAGCCUCUAUAAGCAGCCUCCUGUCAGAAACAAGAGAGAUACACACAUAACCGGGUUCUCCAACCCCAAACCUUCUGAGCUCAAUAUUCAGCCACUGCUGACCUGUCAGUCUUGCAUCAAUAUAGUUGAUUCUGAUCAGUGGGUUCAGAUUGAGCCGUCAACCUAUACAGAGGAAGGCAUGUCAAAGUUCGGGGUCAGCACUGUCCCAGGCCGCUACGAGUGUAUCAGGACCAGAAUGCGAUGGCUCUGUGACUGUGAGGUCACCUUUCACUAUCAUGUCGUAGACGGUCGGUUCCUCAACACACAACUGGAGUGUCUGCAGUAUAACCGAAUCGGUCCAGUGAUUGACGUGACGGUGAUCUCAGGGAAACUGGAAGAAGUUCAUCUGCCACAUUAUGCCUGUUUAGGAAAUUCUGACCCCUCUCUCAAGGAUGCUGUGAAAGUGCUCAGCGUAAAUGAUGAGGGAAUAUAUGUAGAGCCUGUGCAGCUGACCCGAUUUCAUGCUAAAAUUGUCCAACCAUCAUUCUCUCUUAAAACGAUAAUUAUAAGUUGGAUAAUGCAAUGGGAUGAACACUGUGAUCUUCUUCUGUACAUGUGUUCUAAAGAUCCUCUCAUUCUACAUGUCUACUUUUUUCCACUUGAUGAACAUUUAAAAGAAGUUGUUGAGAAAGAAGAAAAAUCAAGCCAUCCAAUCAAGCAGCCCAGACCUGACAAGGCAUUUAGGAUGAAAACUCCACAUUUUCUUAAUGUUGCUGGUGCCUCUGUCCAUCCCAAAGAAGGGAUCACACUCAGAAGAAAUACUGUCCCAAAUUUCUUCAAGGUCAAGAUGCACUUGGAGAAUGAUCUUGAAAUGACUCUUAUUAGAGAUGAGGAUAAUUGUCCGGACUGCAACAUUGUCUGGACUGCAACAAUUGAGAAAGAUGAACUUUAUCAGAUAAAUACGAAGAAAGAUGAGCAGCAUCUGCUUCUGAAUAGCGAUAAAGAUAAAGCAGCAUUUUUUGAUAACAAUUUUGCACAUCUCAUUCAGAGGGUUGUAAAUGUUAAGACUGUUGCAGAUCAACUGCUUCAGCAGGACGUAAUUGACGAGGAACAAUAUUUGCAAAUCACACAUGACAAUUUAACCAGUGUGGACAGCAUGAGAAAGAUCUGUGACAUUGUGCGUAAGCACAGUGUCACUGUGAAAGCUAAAUUAAUCACAAUUAUUCGAGAUGAGAAGCUUUACGACUUCAGAACAUCUGUCUGAUUCUACACCUUAAGCUUAAAGGGGUCAUCGGAUGCCCAUUUUACAUAAGUUGAUAUGAUUUUUUAGGGUCUUAAUUAAAAAUCUAUAACAUACUUUGGUUAAAAUUUCUCAAUGGUAGUGUAAAAAACACCUUCUUUAAGCCCAAUUUUUACAUCUGCGUCAGACCUACGCCGUAGCCUACGCAGAGAUGCACAGGCCUGCGCCAUAACCUACGCUGUACCUGACCUGCACCUCUCCAAAAAUCUAACAGCGCGUCAAUUCUACGCGGACUGCAAGCGCUGUGAUUGAUCUGCUAGAACCCCUCCCUCCGUAUGCACUUGAGUUAUGUGUGCGUUUAUGAGCGCUGUAAUAUAGGUUUAAUGUUACACCUUCUUAUUUAAAAUAAAACAAAGCAAAGAACAAGUGUCUAAUCAUUUAUUAUACUAUAGCAUUACAUCAGUAGUUGUCCGCGACAAACUGAUCUGCCGUGAUACGCGUCCUUGUGGAGAUUGAAAGAAUGCCAUCUUCUCCUGUUCCGUUGUUGUCCCCUUUUUGUAGUUUUAAAUAACGAUUUAACGCAAUGAUUUGAUAUUUAAUUGCCGCUGUCACGGCUUCUCCGACAAGCCGCUUCUUCUUCGGCUUUGUCCAUGAUACUGCGGGUUACACCAGCAACAUGCCCGUGGACACUGCGGACUAGCGGGCCGCAUGUGUACUACACGCAGAAGUAUAAAUUAAAACCGACGCACAGCUUACGGCGUAGAGGCUACGGCGUAGGUCCGACGCAGAAGUAUAAAUUGGGCUUUACCCUGUCAAAAUCAGCUCUGUUUUCAGCACGCUGAUCUAGUUCAUGUUGCUUUAAAUGCUCGUGAGCUCUGCUGACUCUGCCUCUCGCAUUCCGUGGAGUGACGAGCAGACCAUAGAUAUGUGUAGAGUCCACUGAUCUAUAUAUAAUGACUGGAUCACUCGUUGCGUUCUAAACUGCCGACAGGAAGUGUUCGAUCCGCCAUCUUACUAUUCCCUACCAGCAGAGAGCACCAUUGAGUCACAUGCAAACCGAUGACCUAAAAUCACCCGAUUUGAAGCGAAUCAGUCAAACAGAAUUAGUUUUUAUGUUAUGUUUAUGUAAAUUCAUUUUUAUUUCAGAUGUUAUCUGCAAUGUUUAUAGACUUUUUGGGCCUGGAAAUUGUGUUGCUUUCAAAGUGUAAAUCCAGAAAGACUCUCUCUGUUGUAAACUUUUUAUCCUAUCUCCUCUUCAUAUUGAGCUCGGAAUAUGUUCUAUACCAGCUAUUUUCAAUGUACUGGGGUUACCAUGAUUUUUAUCUCUAUAAUGUAAGGCCAUGGGAUAUUGAGGAUUACAGAUUUGUAUAGCAUUCUUAUGUUCUGCUAGUCUCAGCUUUAGUUUCCUUUUAGUCAUCCCUAUAUAAAAACAACACUCCAACCUAUACACAACAAAUGAAGUAUUUCAAUUAAUAAAUGAAUGUAGGAUCAGAACGAGUCAGACAAAACUAAGAUUCGAUCAGAACAUCGAAACAUGAGGAGCCAAAAUUCCAGAGAAGCCCAACAGGACUCAUAAAUCUGUCCAUGGUACUCUGGCGCCAUGAGUCUGGAGCAAGCCUAACCAACAAGCCUCUUUCACAGAACAGCUCGCAACAUUAAGACAAAAGAACACUUAUUGAUAAGUACAACGCAGGAAGGAGAUCGUCAAAUAAUCAAGAUUAAUGGUCAAAGAGAUGAACAUCACAUGUGUUCCACAAGAGAAAUCACGAGCUUCUUUAGAUUGACUUUCCCCCACACAUACAAGACAAAGACUGAGACUGAAAUUCUUUAGGAGACCUUUUAACCUCUCUCUGGUCUUUACUGAACAUAUCCCUAUGUCCUACACAGAACUACACAGAGACUUUCUUUUUCAUAUGCACAUGAAAUCAUCCUAAAAGGACAUUGCUAGGCAUAACACUAUUAUGUAUGUAACCCACACAUUAGACUAUCAUGUUUUAAGCAUAUAUUAUGUAUGUCUUUUUAAUAACUAUUGAAUGACUUUAAGGUUUAUUCGUGUUUGGUAUGUAUGAACUUGACAAUUCUAGCUUGAAAUGUUUCUUCCAACUGAUUCUUUGUCAAAUGUAUCAUAUUCUGGUUAUAGAAAUCACAUCCAAAAGUAUACUUUGCAAGAGUGUACAAGCCUCAAAACCGGUGACCGCCUCAAAACUUCAACCAGACCAACUCCGCAUCCUCAGCCAACGCCCAAGACAUACCUUCAACGACUACUGAACUUCCAGCCAAUCACCAACUCGGGAAACCCCUUUUCCUGCAACGGCAACGACAAAAGGGAAUCCCUGUAACAAAAGGUAAUGCAAGCAAGUAACCUUCAGGUCUAACUGAACUGGUGCAUUUAAUAUAAAUUGUAGCCUCAUUGAGAAACUCAAUGCGAGGGUUAAUUAAGUGAUUGAUGGUUGUUCAGGUCUGUGAUAGCACAUAUUGCUAUAAACUUGGGAUUUCACAUUCUCAUUCUCUAAACUCCUCCUUUCUCUCUUUCUGCAACGUGUGAAUGUGUGAAUGCUUGUGUUCCUGGGUUAGAUUAGUUUAUGUCUUAGGUUUAUAUAA